CUUUCCUUAAAAAUACAAUAUUUGUUAUUAAUUGCUGUAAAUUCAACAUGGAUUGGUUAUCUCUUUGUGUCUGUGGCACAAAGCGCAAUUCCAACGAUAGAAAGAUCAAGAAGGACGGAAAGCGCAAAAAGAAUAAGAAAUCUAAAAAGAAUUCCAAGCAGAAAGGAUCAUGCAAAGAGUUGCCGUUCAUCGUCGACGAGUUCUUGCGCAAAUCGCAGGAUGAACAAUCAAAAGAAAUCGCGGAAAAAGACUGGACGAACAGAGAAAUCGUUAAUUAUCUCAAUGAUUGCACGAAAAAUCAAAUCGCCUCGACUGAUCAAACCGAUCCAUCGGAAGUCAAUGGCUCAUCGUCUUAUCAAAUCAGUGACGAUCAUGAGAACUUCGAGAAGGAUUCUCUCAAGGACUCGGAAAUAAAUGCGGAAUCUGUUCGAGAACUAUGUGAUAUCGAUUAUUAUGAUAAUGCGGUGCUGCAUUCGAGAAGUGCAUCGAGCACGGCAGAAAAGCAAGUCAAGUGCAUCUCGGAUGAGAAAGAACACGAUGAAGAUGCGGAUCUGGACGAAUCCAUUCCGAGAUCAUCGGUAGCAUCCGGAGGACCCGAAGAUUCGUCCUGGACGUCGGAAAUCGAAGGUAGACAGGAUGCGGUCCUGGAAUCGAGUUUUGAUAAAAAGUUCAAUGAAAGAGUUUCGUCUAGAAUUAAUUUUUCCGACGAGAAGCAAGAAAAGUCGAAGACGAGAGCCGUUCCGAAGAAAAAAGGGACCAACAGAAACAUUCUUCCACCGAUCAAAGGAAGAUCUCGCACUGAAACUUGCAUGGAUAAUGAGGAACUGCAAGCCCAUGAAGAGACGAAUAAAUUUGGUUUUAAGAAAACUGCGGCGUCUUACGAGCGGAACGAGAUUCGGCGGAAAUUGAACUCGUGCAGCUUCGAGGUUCGACCGUAUGAGGAUGAAGAAGAGGGCGGAAAAGAAAGAGGCGGAAAAACAACGAAGAUUCGGGGCGAUGGAUCCAUGAUACCUAGACUUGCAUCCCCACUGCGACAGAGAAUGAAUUCGAUCAAGAACGACAGCGAUAAAUCAGAGAUCGUGGAAAACGGUCGUGUUCACUCAGCAGUUGUCUCCGGUAUCAAUUUAGAGCAGCGCACUGUAACUGUAGAAUGGUUCGAGAGAGGAGAAACCAAAGGCAAAGAAGUGGAAAUCGACGCGAUUCUUGCCUUGAAUCGCGAUUUGAAUCAAAAAAUGGGACCACGAAACGAGACUAUAUGUGCGCUGCCGCAAGCAAUGAAGAUAGGACCACGAGACGACGGUACGUGUGCGCUGCCGCAAGUGAUGAACAACCACAUGUUGGCGUCCUCAAAAACAAGGGAGCCGGACUCCUCGGCUGAGGAGGACGAGGGAGUCGACGAGUCGGAGAACCAAGAGGAGGGCUCCCUCGGACGCCAUGGUGGUCACACCACGAGAAACGGCCUCGCAUCCGCAACGCUUCCUGUACGAGUCACAUCUCGUCUCUCGCACUCCACCAGGCCGUCUAUUCCAGUGAAAGCUGGUUCGAAUAGGCAAUUGUCACGACCAACGGGUCGACCAACGAACAUAAUGUCGUCGACCACGUCGGUGAACGGUCACGGCGAAUCGGUUUCCGGCCUCACAGGACGCCGGGAACUCGAGAAUAUACCGCCGACACCGACGACGGCCGUCACGCAAUGCCUGAUGACUCCGGUGCAGAAUAGACAGCAGAAACAAGCGCAGCAGCAACAGCAACAGCAACAACAGCAGCAGCUGCAGCAACAAUCCCAGGUAGAGAACGGUCGGGGUAGGCGAUCCAAUGUCGUCAAGGAGGUCGAGAGAUUAAAGAAGAACAGGGAAGAGAGGAGACAACGACAAGCAGAACUUAAGGAGGAGAAGGAAGCGCUAAUGAAUCUGGAUCCAGGCAAUCCAAAUUGGGAGUUCCUUGCCAUGAUAAGAGAGUACCAUAACAGUAUAGAAUUCAGACCGUUGCGGGAGACUGACGCCGUGGAGGAUCAUCAGAUCACUGUGUGCGUGAGGAAACGUCCACUUAACAAGAAGGAGCACGCGCGCAAGGAGAUCGAUGUGAUCAGCGUACCCAGCAAGGAUCAAAUGGUAGUGCAUGAGCCGAAGUCCAAAGUUGAUCUCACGAAAUACCUUGAGAACCAGAUCUUCAGAUUUGAUUAUGCGUUCGAUGAGACGUGCAACAACGAGAUAGUUUACAAGUACACGGCUAAACCGUUGGUGCAAACGAUCUUCGAGGGCGGCAUGGCCACGUGCUUCGCGUACGGUCAGACCGGCAGCGGCAAGACCCAUACAAUGGGAGGUGAUUUUAAUGGCAAAACACAGGACUGUAAGAAGGGCAUUUACGCCAUGGUUGCCAAAGACGUGUUCAAAUGCCUCAAAUUAGCCAAGUAUCGGCCUCUGAAUCUGGUCAUUUCCGCUAGCUUCUUCGAAAUCUACUCUGGCAAAGUGUUCGAUCUUUUGGCGGACAAAGAAAAACUGAGAGUUCUGGAGGACGGCAAACAGCAGGUGCAAAUAGUCGGACUAACGGAGAAGUUUGUAGAAACUUGCGAUGAAGUAUUAAAGUUAAUACAACACGGGAACAGCGCCAGAACGAGCGGUCAGACGAGCGCUAAUUCUAAUUCUUCGAGAUCACACGCGGUAUUCCAAAUAAUAGCGCGUAUCCCGGGUACACACAAGGUGCACGGAAAGUUCUCACUCAUCGAUCUUGCUGGUAAUGAAAGGGGUGCUGAUACGUCGUCUGCUAAUAGGCAAACUCGAAUGGAAGGUGCUGAGAUCAAUAAAUCUCUAUUAGCAUUAAAAGAAUGUAUACGCGCGUUAAGUCGUAAGGGUACGCAUUUGCCUUUUAGAGCAAGCAAGCUGACUCAAGUAUUAAGGGACAGUUUUAUCGGUGAAAAAUCAAAAACUUGCAUGAUAGCAAUGAUUAGUCCUGGGAUGAGUUCCUGCGAGCAUUCCCUAAAUACGUUGAGAUAUGCGGAUCGAGUGAAAGAAUUGGCGGCAACUGAUCCUACCGAAAUAAAAGCUUCACCGACUGAUGAUGACCGAGGAAUGAAGAUCGAGGAACAGGGAAAUAAUAGUGUAUUAUCGGAUAGCGAUUUAGCGCAGCUUCGAUCUCUCAAUGAAGGUGAACUUUCGCAAGAUCUGUACACUUUUCAUGAGGCAGUAUCAGCUCUGCAAAUGCUCGAAGAAGAAGUGUUGGACACGCACAAACUGGUCAUGGAUAAUACGACUAAAUUCCUUAACGACGCGCACAGUGUGUUCAGCGCGACUCAUGAAGUGGAUUAUGACCAAGAAGAUUUGAGGCGGAAAAGAACAAAGUUUGAGUCACCCUACCUGAGGAGUUUCUCGUUACGUAGACAUCUUAUAGAGAGAAAACUAUUUUCCGACGCAUAUGCCCAAAAGUGGGAGCAGCUGUUAAUACAGCAACGUGACAUUCUGAACGCCGCGCUCGACCAAGUCAGCCAGUUCCGCGGGCAGCUGUUGCAGGAGGAACAAAUCAGCCAGAAGAUGACCCGAAUGCGCAACAUCUCAACGCGAUACAAUUAAAAAUGUUACCCCUAGCGAACGGAAAAAAAAGACACAAAAUUAUUUCUCACCGGUGAAAAAAAAAGUCCGCUUCUUAUGUGUGUCGACUCUUUAAUUACAAGCGCGCGCGAAAAGCAGAUAUGCCAUGACACUAGUGCGACAGUCAUAGGAACGCAAAAUGUAACAAAUGUCUUGCCUUCGAAAUUGCUACGAAAUGUACGUCGUCGAGAUAGCUCGACUCGUAAAUCUCACCCUAGCGAUCUUGUAUCAUAUAACGAUUCUUCUCGAAUGUUUCUCCAUUGUAAAAUGAAAGAAUAGAAAAGAAAAUUCCGCAGGAAGGGAUAUGUAAGCCGAAGUAUGGCAGGCAUAAUAAUAAUAGUUGCUUAAAGAUUCACCAGCGAAAAAUUAAUUAUUUGUUUUUACCGCAUUAGAUACGUUCGUCUCGGCGGAAGUCGACGAAGAAUUUUUUUUAGCCAAGAUUUCUACUUAGUGCCUCUUUUAGUUUCGAACCGUAGAAAAUUUUAAGUACAUCCGGAAUUUCUCUUAAGAUAACAAACGAACGCACGUUUGAUUUUGGCUCAGAGAUCAAAGUUUCGUCAGUAUGUAAUUGCAUAUUUAUUGAAAUGAGUUCUUACGUGUUUUACAUAUUUUUUGGGCCGCACCGAGACCAGCAAAAUUUUAAGCCGUCAACGACACAUCGAUACUCACUCAAUUGAUUGUACAAUUUGUUCAUCAUUGAGAUGCAACGCACCGCAAAUGAUAAUGCAUAAGUUAUUACGCCGUCAGAUAAACACUCAUUUUUUUAGACUGUAGAAUGCUAGGUAUUAUUACGAGGGACCCAGUGUAUUAUUGGAUAAA